AUGCCCAUUACCGAGCUACAACGAGAACUCGAAAGCUCGUUGGGAAAACCUUCAUUGGACGGGAAAGAUUAUAUGUUUAUACUCAUUUUCAAAUAUUGUAACAAAGCUUCAGCUCUACAUAUCGAACUAAGCCUUGAGUUGUGGGCGGUUAUGGAUGGCCCCGCUGCUCCCGCUAAUCCUUGGAGUAAAUACUCGGGUAAGUGCAGGGGAACCCCUUAUAUAUCAUUUUCAGAAGUUCUCGAUGAGGAACUGUCUAAAAAGCUACAGCUCGAAGAUUUAAUCUCCUCCGAAUUCAUGGAUCCUGCGGAAGCUUUUUUUGGGAACCCCGUUAAUUUGAGCGCUGUAACUUCUGUUAGUAUCACAAAAGAUAGUACAGAGGCAUCUGAUAUGAAACUUGCAACCUUAUUACAGAAGAAGUAUGAUAGGGAGUACAACCAAUACGUUGAGCUUAGAGAAAAGCGAGAGCAAGGAGAAUCUGGUAGUUCUUUAGAUGUAUUUGAAGUCAACUCACACUUAACUGAGGAAGACUCGGAAGUAUAUGAUAGAGAAGACGAAGAAGAUUUUAAGCAAGCUUCCUACCUUACUAAAGCUAAAAAAUAUGGUUUUUGUCAUGACGGCGAGCAAGGUUUUAUUUCAAAACAUGACUUUCGAAUUUCUGCAGCGAAACAUGGCAACUACAUGCGUAAUUUUCGCGCAGUAGAGACGGGUUUACUACCAACAGAUUAUUUUUUUCCUAUUGGCAAUAAAGCUUUUAACAGUCUGAAAAAAUCCGACUUUGAACUAAGUUCUAGGCGUAUUCGCCUUAAAGAAAAGAAUUCUCAAGCUACUUAUAAUUCAGUAAUGGAUCACAAAACCGAAAUGAUUAUUUUUAAACUAAUAAACAAAGAAGUCAUUUCAGGUCUCACGUGUCAAAUUAGCACCGGUAAGGAAGCUCACAUAUUUUUUGCCGCUCCAGGAAGAGCUGUUAAGCUAUAUAAAACAACCCUCAGCGAGUUUAAGCGGCGGGAAGAAUACAUUCAAGGCGAUUAUAGGUUUAAAAAUUAUCUUAAAAAGUCUAAUAAUAGAAAGUUGAUCCAGCUUUGGUCCGAAAAGGAGUGUGCUAAUUUAAAGCGCAUGAAACUGUGCGGAGUGCCAUGUCCUACCCCUAUUUUUGUUAAAGAUAACGUCUUGGUCAUGUCUUACAUCGGCCAGGAUUCUGUGCUGCCGGCUCCCAAAUUGAAAGACCUUUAUUACAAGCAAGUGUCUAAGGGGAGUAAAAUAUUCCUGGAAUGUAUCUUUAAUAUGCGUAAACUUUUUCACUACGGCAAUCUCGUUCAUGCAGACUUAAGCGAAUAUAAUAUAUUGUACUUUCAAAAGACCGUCUACUUUAUCGACGUUGGACAGGCUGUCGAUAUUGGCCACCCCAACGCUCUCACUUUUUUAUAUAGGGAUUGUCGCAACCUUUAUACUCACUUUUGUACGCGAAAUAUCGUAUUAAAAAUUUCGGCUUUGGAUAUUUUUACUUUAGUUAUUGAUCCAUCGCUUGAUUCAAUGGACGCUUUGCAGUCUCGUUUUUUGGAAAAGGAAGAGUUGCUUCAGUCUGUGUCAGGCGAAAGACCACACACUCGCCCUUCUCCUAGUGUUUACUCUACAUUAGCUGGCGUUGAACCUUCUUUACGCGAAUUAAAAGACAUAGUCGCUGGUUUUGAAAAAUAA